CCUAUAGCUUCCCCUUUAAGUCAGCUAACUCCUCCGCCAUGUCGCAACUAUCGGCAUAACACAAAAGCGGGACGCACCUAACUUCUGCACGCCGGUCUCCCCAUCUGUCGGCCGCAACACCUUAAACGCUUCUCCCCUUGCCAUGCCCCGCAUCGCCUCGCUGUUAUCCGCCCUGCUGUUCGUCCACUUUUCGGGCCCGAGCCGGGGCUACUUCCCCGAGGAGCGCUGGAGCCCCGAGUCCCCUCUCCUCGCCCCACGGGUGGUUGUCGCGCUCAUCUGCCGCAACUCUGAGCACUCUUUGCCGCUCUUCCUCGGAGCCUUGGAGCGCCUUCGCUACCCGAAGGACCGCAUUGCUUUGUGGGUGGCGACAGAUCACAACAUAGAUAACACCACCGCCUUCCUUCGAGACUGGCUCAUCAAGGUGCAGAAUGACUAUCACUAUGUGGAGUGGAGACCAGAUGAUGGAUCCAGUGCCUUUGAGGACGAGGUGGGCCCCAAACACUGGAAUAAUCUUCGUUAUGAACAUGUAAUGAAGCUUCGUCAGGGGGCAUUGGACACAGCCCGUGAAAUCUGGGCUGACUACCUCCUGAUGGCCGACUGUGACAACUUGCUCACCAACCCAGAUGUAUUGUGGAAACUGAUGAAAGAAAACAAGACCAUUGUCGCCCCAAUGUUGGAGUCCAGAGCUGCAUACUCCAACUUCUGGUGCGGCAUGACCUCACAGGGCUACUACAAGCGAACGCCAGCCUACAUACCAAUCAGGAAGCAGGAGCGUCUUGGGUGUUUUGCCGUACCGAUGGUCCACUCAACGUACCUGGUGGACUUACGGAAGCAAGCCUCUCGUCAAUUGGCCUUUUACCCACCACACCCGGAGUACAGCUGGGCCCUCGAUGAUGUCAUCGUCUUUGCCUAUUCCGCUCGCAUGGCAGACGUUCAGAUGUACGUUUGCAACAAAGAAACGUACGGAUACUUUCCCCUGCCUAUGCGCUCCCACGCUACUUUGUUGGAUGAAGCAGAGAGCUUCUUGCACACUCAUCUUGAGAUCAUGGUGAAAAAUCCUCCACUGGAACAUUCCAGCUUCCUCACCCUUCCUCCCAAACAGCCGAGCAAGAUUGGCUUUGAUGAGGUGUUUAUGAUAAAUCUGGUGCGGAGAGCUGACCGGCGGGAGCGCAUGCUCAGAACUUUGCACGAAAUGGAGCUCAGCUGUAAAAUAAUUGCUGCUGUGGAUGGCAAGGCUCUGAACAAGAGUGACAUUGAGUCCAUGGAGAUUAAUAUGCUGCCCGGGUACAAAGACCCAUAUCACGGUCGACCUCUCACCAAGGGUGAACUGGGUUGUUUCCUCUCUCAUUACAACAUCUGGAAGGAGAUCGUGGAUCGAGGCCUGCACACUUCCUUGGUCAUUGAGGACGACCUGCGCUUUGAGGUGUUCUUCAAACGCCGUCUGCAGGCGUUGCUGCAGGAGGUGACGGCACACAAGCUUGACUGGGACCUCAUUUACAUUGGAAGGAAGCGAAUGCAGGUGGAUCAUCCAGAGAAGUCGGUACCUAAUGUUCACAAUCUGGUAGAGGCUGACUACUCGUACUGGACUUUGGGCUACAUGCUGUCCUUGCAAGGAGCCCAAAAGCUCCUCAAGGCUGAGCCUCUGAAAAAGAUGCUUCCUGUUGAUGAGUUCCUUCCUAUCAUGUUUGACAAACAUCCUGUUUUAGACUACAUGGAGCACUUUGAGGAUCGGAACCUCCGUGCGUUCUCUGCGGAGCCGCUACUGGUGUAUCCGACCCACUACACGGGAGACUCGGGCUACAUCAGUGACACGGAGACCUCAGUCGUGUGGAACAAUGAAACAACUCAGACCGACUGGGACAGAGCCAAGUCCAGGAAAACUCAGGAGCAGGUGGAACUCAGUCUCGAAGCACAGAACUCUGAUGUGCUACAGUCUGAACUGGAGAACUGGAGUGCGCGGGAUGAAUUAUGAUGCCAUCGGAGAGCACUCUGUUGCACACACUGAGCAGGUUGGCAUAUUUUCAGCAGAACAAAUCUGCGAUAGUGGUGAGGACCGUAGAAAUGGACACAGUGAGACUUCCACCUUCACUUGGUCUUUCUCUUAAAGGAGGAGGUUCGAGUUACAUUAGAACCAACUCUUGAAGAGUCACUUCCAAUCCGAGUAUCUUUCUUUCUUUCCGUUUUGAAUUAGCAAUCAAAAGUAAAAAGAAUCAAAAAGGGACUGAUUGUUUUAUUUUUUGUUUCUUUUAAUCCAACACAAAAAUUAAGUGAAAUAUGUCAUAUACGUUUCAUUACCGAAACAACCAUCUUUCAAAUAUUUGUUUCUCUGUAACUGAGUAAAGAUUACACUGAAAUGGCUAACAAUAACGUCAUCCU